AUGAUCCAAAAUUUUAUGUCCACAUAUGUGGAUGCCAGACCUCUAUGGGGUUGAUGUCAGACAUCCCAAGUUCCAAAAACUAAUUUCAGGGAGAUCUGCAAUUGUCUAGCUAAAUAAUGUGAAUCAAAAGUAGCUUUGCUAUUAUACUUUUUAAUCCCAAAACUUUCCUAACUGGAAACCUAUUGCGUAAAGGCCCAUAAAAACAAACAUGAUAACCAUAAAACUUUGAAAUUUACCUUUAAAAAAGUAAUUGCCUUUGACCUCAGAGUGACAUGGGAAAAUUAAGGCACCAGUACAGUACUUGCUGAUGAAUGGAGGGGGUGUUAAUACUAUAACAAUAAUAGAUAUUGCAGGGCGAAUUGAUUCGUGAUUUGAUUUCUAAAGGGAUUUGUCAUGCAGAAAAAAAAAUAAAACCCUCACAAAAACCAGCUCUGUCCUACUUAGCGAGACACCACCACAGCCCAACCUGCUCAUCCCAGCUGGUGCUGCUCCCAAUCACAUCCGCCUCCCCCUUCGUCCCCUUUCCCCUUCAUCUUUGCUCCUCCUCUUUUGAGUCGGUAAAGAAAGCUCCCCCCCUUCCUCCUCCUCAGGUUUGUGAGCGUCGUGCUCUCUGCGUCAGCCGACUCCAUUCAUGAAAAGUGUGACGUGAGCGGGUGGUUGACGCUGCCACCCGCCCACUCACAGUCCGUGUGCUACCGGGAUGCCUGUCAUUCAGCGUGUGACUGGCUUUCUCCUUGCUUUUUGUGCUGCCUUUUCACCACCCUGACUUUGGUGGCACUUUCUUCAACUCCUCACCUUCGUUUUUAACAGGAAUCAUGAAUUCAAUCUCUCCGAUGUCAAACAAAUACUGGUGAGGCAAUGUUUUAAGACUGCCCUCACCAGGUGUACCUAGCCCAUGUUCAUGCAUGACAUCAUGGGAAGUUCCCCCGAGGUUCUCUCAUGGACUUCCUGCCCCAGUAUGCUGGUGGGCAAGCUAAAGGAGGAGCUCAAACUCACUGUAGUCGGGGACUCCAUGAAGAAAUCAAACACGGCAAACUCUCAAACGCAGCAUCCUCCGGCCCCUCCCCCUCAGAUAAUCACAGACCUGGCUCCGCCUACGCACCUGCCCGUUCCCCUGCAGCUUCUGCAGCCGCCCGGCAAGGAUGAGGAGACUGCGCUCGGGGGUUUGAGUCCCCAGAACACGGCCUUGAGUAUAGAUUCUACGCGAAGUGAGGGGGGCCACUUUGACAACAGUGUCCUUCAACUGCAGGAGAACGAGGAGCCGGUCUCACCGGCCUCCUGUGAGCACGGAGGAUGCGGGAAUGGAAUGAACGAGCAGACAGGAGACAAGGACUGUCAUAUGGACCGCAGUGUAGAGGGGAGACAAGAUCACCCGCAUAACCCAGACGAUAUCAAACUACACUUCCAAAGAGCAGGGCCUGGAUCAGGCGGAUUUCUGGAAGGACUGUUCGGCUGUCUCCGGCCGGUCUGGAACAUCAUAGGAAAGACGUACUCCACAGAAUACAAGCUACAACAACAAGACAUGUGGGAGGUUCCGUUUGAGGAAAUCUCCGAGUUGCAGUGGCUGGGUAGCGGUGCUCAGGGAGCCGUCUUCCUGGGGAAGUUCCGUUCUGAGGAGGUGGCGAUAAAAAAGGUGCGCGAGCAGAAGGAGACGGACAUCAAGCACCUGCGAAAACUCAAACAUCCCAACAUCAUCAGCUUCAAGGGGGUGUGCACUCAGGCACCUUGUUACUGCAUCAUCAUGGAGUACUGCGCUCAAGGGCAGCUUUAUGAAGUGCUCAGGGCUGGACGGAAAGUUACCCCUAGGUUAUUGGUGGACUGGGCCUCAGGCAUCGCCAGUGGCAUGAACUACCUGCACCUUCACAAGAUCAUCCACAGGGAUCUUAAAUCUCCCAAUGUUUUGGUUACCCACAACGAUUCUGUGAAGAUAUCUGACUUUGGCACAUCAAAAGAGCUCAGUGACAAAAGUACAAAGAUGUCAUUCGCGGGUACGGUCGCUUGGAUGGCCCCGGAAGUUAUUCGAAAUGAGCCCGUGUCGGAAAAAGUGGACAUCUGGUCAUUUGGAGUUGUCUUAUGGGAAUUGCUGACUGGAGAAAUCCCCUACAAAGAUGUCGACUCUUCUGCUAUCAUCUGGGGUGUCGGCAGUAACAGUCUUCACCUCCCUGUGCCAUCCACCUGCCCAGAUGGCUUCAAAAUCCUCAUGAAACAAACAUGGCAAGGCAAGCCUAGAAACAGACCGUCGUUCCGUCAGAUCCUCCUACACCUCGACAUUGCCUCGGCUGAUGUUCUGGGAGCUCCUCAAGAGACCUAUUUCAAGUCUCAGGCUGAAUGGCGCGAGGAAGUAAAGAAACACUUUGAGAAGAUCAAAAGUGAAGGCACGUGCAUUCACAGGCUGGAUGAAGAGCUGAUUAAACGAAGACGGGAUGAACUCAGGCAUGCGCUGGACAUCCGGGAACAUUACGAGAGGAAGCUGGAGAGAGCCAACAACCUCUACAUGGAGCUCAGUGCCAUCAUGCUGCAGCUGGAGGUUCGAGAGAAGGACCUCAUGAAAAGAGAGCAAGCUGUGGAGAAGAAGUACCCUGGCACCUACAAGCGCCACCUGGUCAGACCCAUCGUACGGUCCAAUGCUGUCGAAAAGCUGAUCAAGAAGAAAGGAAGCAUUUCUCACAAACCUGGAAUGCCCACAGCUAAAAGGCCAGACUUGCUUCGUUCCGACGGUAUCUCCAGCGCGGACCCUCUCCCCUCUCCCUCACCAUUGUCCGCCAGCCCAAAGGUGUCUACACCUCCUGGCAAAGCCCGCUACCGAAGCAAGCCCCGGCAUCGGCGCGCCAACAGUAAAGGAAGCCAUAGCGAGUUCCUCGGGGUGCUGAAAUCUACUGGAGUGCCCGAUGACACCCGGUCUCUCCAGGAGCAACCUCACCACCUUCCCCUUCCUACUCCCGGACCCCAACUUCCAUUGAAGGGCCGCGAAGAGGCCGUCGUAAACUGUGCCAACAAUCUGCGUUAUUUUGGCCCCGCCGCCGCCCUGCGUAGCCCUCAGACUGAUCACCUCCAAAGACGUGUUUCCGGAUCCAGUCCCGACCUCAUCUCUACAGCGAUGGAUGCAGACACACGUAAGCGGACUUCAUCCACGAGCUCCAAUCCCCUGCCGGGCACCGGUCCCGGUUGUCCCUGCUGCCAGACUCACCCCUUCCCUGGAUGCCUUCAUUGUCAGGAGAUCACUCCUGCAUCUAGCCAACCAGAGUUGCCCAACUUUUCACUGCACAGUACUCAAGAGGGCAGCCAGUCAACUUUGAAGGCUCCCAACAAAGAGCCUGGUUCUAAUGUUGUAGUCUUGAAGAAACCAGAGCCUCAGGAACAAGAGACUUUCCAGAACAAACACGCCCUCCCGAAUGCACUUCCCCACACACUCAGACCUCUGAGGAAGGGUGGAGAGGAGUCCUCUGAAGAGGAAGAAGGAGAGGUAGACAGUGAAGUGGAGUUUCCAAGGAGACAGAGACCUCAUAGAUGUAUGAGUAGCUUCCAGUCGUACUCCACGUUCAGCUCGGAGAACCUGUCCGUGUCUGACGGAGAGGAGGGGAACACCAGUGAUCACUCCCACAGCGGGCCACUGGAAAGGCUGAGCGCCAGUCAGGAGGAGCAUCUGGACGAGCUGCUGUCACACACACCGGACAUCCCCAUCGAUAUCUCUACCCAAUCGGACGGUUUGUCAGACAAAGAGUGUGCUGUCCGCAGGGUCAAGACCCAAAUCUCCUUGGGAAAACUGUGCUCUGAUGAACAUAGCUACGAGAAUCCUCUCCAGUUUGGGGACUCAGACUGCGACUCAUCCGAAGCCGAGUGCUCAGAUGCCACAAUCCGAAACAACAAAGCGGCCCCUUCUUCGUGGUGAAUGAACCCUCAGGCAUUUAUCUUUUUUUUUUGUCUUGUUGCCUGGAACAAUAUCGUCUCAAUGGGUCCUGCAGAAAAUACAGCAAUAAGAGGACAAAGAUGUCAAAAAAUAUAUAGCAAUCUCUCCUAGAACUACCCUCCCCAAACCUCUUCCUUUUUCCAGGCCUUCAUUCCCUCAUGUUUAGCACAGCAUCCAUGCAACUCAUGGCAGGGAUUCCCUUUUAGAACGAGGGUGUACAUUAGAUAGAGUGACAUUCAUAAUUUAUUUUUGAAUUCUGAAUGACUAUUCAGGACCUCUGAGUGAAGAAAAAGACUCUAAUGAAGAGCUAUUUUUCAAUUUACGCACAUGCUAACUGUUUGGGCCAGUGAGAGUGAUACUGUGAUGAAGACACAGGUGGAAAGAGUGACGAGGAUGCGUGGAAACCUGAUUGGUUUGAAUGCUGACAGCGAGUGGUGACGCGUUACAUCAUCAUUAAUCUCUCAGGUGACCCAGAUGUGGAUCUCCAUGCUUUUAUCUAGCUGCCGUCACUCUUCAUUUUAUUGGUUUACGUGGCAAAAUCCAAAAAUCAUCACGCAACACCCUCUAGUGCAGUGUUGCCCAACUUUUAUUGAGCCAAGACCUUUAAAACACUACAAAAAUGCCACUACACAUCACUUUUUGGAUAGAGUAGUCAAAAUUCACAUUCUUUGCAGUAAAUACACUUCCAGACCAAUUAAAGACCCUGUAAAGUGAAUUUCCGCCUUCCUCGUCAUGAUGUUCAGGCACUCACUCAAAAGCAGGCAAGUCAGUCCGAAGCACAAGUCGUUUGAUUUUACAAGCUGGCAGUCGUGUCAAACUUUUUCAAAAGUAUUUCUCGGCCCUUUGACUUAUGUGCACACAUGGCAGUCAACAAGGCACUCUAAAGCAACCAUGCUGGAGCCAAUCUACAUGAUGGCUUUCAAGUCAAACUUUUUACAAUACAAUUUUUUUUCCAUUGUUGCACUUCUGCCCUUGACAUACAUGCACUCAUGGCGGUCAACGAGGCGCUCUAAAACAGCCACGCUAGCCCAAAUUCCAGAUUGAGGUGCAGGCUCUCAUGCGACUUUUUAAGCAUUUUAUUUCCACCUUUGACGUACUCACACACACUUAUGAUGGACAGCAAUGUUGUCCAAGCAGCCACACCUUCCCACACCCCUGGUUGACUUGCAGUCUGUCAAGUCCAAAUUAUUAAAAAUGAUUUUUCCAGCCUUCUCACACUUCCGCAUUUUAUAUACGUGCACUCACAACGGACAACGAGGCAUUCAUGCAAGCCUGAAGUACGUUGACACCCAGGGCGUAGGUUUGGUCUCAACAUUGGUAGGGACGAUAUAACAUUAUAGCCUGCAUGUACAAUUUUUGCUCGGGAGGGGACAUUAAUAACAGAUUGGGUGAACGGGGGUCAGGGCUACAUUUCUCAUGUAUAUGAACCUAAUUAAUUGAUAUGCUAAACUAGGGGUACUCAUUACAACGAUCUUGAUCCACCAGUCGAUCGCAACGCUAGUGUGGGUAGAUCACGGCAUCCAAAAAAAUACAAAAAUUUUUUAAAAAUUAUGUACAUAGUAGGGCUGUCAAAAUUAUCACGUUAACAGGUGGUAAUUAAUUUUUUAAAUUAAUCACGUUAAAAUAUUUGACGCAAUUAUCGCACAUGCCCCGCUUAAACAGAUUAAAAUGACAGUACAGUCAUGUGCACUUGUUACUUGUGUUUUUGGAGUUUUGUCGCCCUCUGCUGGCGCUUGGGUGCGACUGAUUUUAUGGUUUUCAGCGCCAUGAGAAUUGGUGGUGCUGAACAAUGGCGAGCUACUAGUUUUUUUGUUUGAAAAUUUUACAAUUUUAUUAAAACGAAAACAUUGAGGGGUUUUAAUAUAAAAUUUCUAUAACUUGUACUAACAUUUAUCUUUUAAGAACGACACGUCUUUCUAUCCAUGGAUCGCUUUAACAGAAUGUUAAUAAUGUUAAUGCCAUCUUGUUGAUUUAUUGUUAUCAUAAACAAAUGCAGUACUUAUGUACAGUAUGUUGAAUGUAUAUAUCAGUCUUGUGUCUUAUCUUUCCAUUUCAACAAUAAUUUACAGAAAAAUAUGGCAUAUUUUAUAGAUGGUCUGAAUUGCGAUUAAUUACAAUUAAUUAAUUUUUAAGCUGUGAUUAACUCGAUUAAAAAUUUUAAUCGUUUGACAGCCCUAGUACAUAGUUAAUUAUGAUUAUGUUGUGUUGUGUGAGAAACAUAUGAGGUUAUGCAGCACCCGUCUCUCUCGAAGCAGCUUUUGCUCACGUUUCUCUGGUUCUAUAGUUUCCAGCAGAGGUCACUACAUUUCUCCCAGUUUAAUUAACGUUAACAGUAGAAAACACAAACAGAAGGACACCUCUCUCUAAGCAGUUGUCUACUCGAGUUUUGCAGGUUAGUAAGUUGACACAGUUUAAUGUUAUGCUAACUCUGAUGCAGGUCGGACUUUCAGUAGCAAAAUUAGUGGUGUGUUUCCCACCUCCACAACGACGGGGUCUUUUAAAACUACUUAUAGUAGCUGCUGCUGGCCGAAAAGUUUUUUUAAUAUCCCUCCCUGUCAAAAUGGGCGGAGGAGGCAGCAUGUUGUCGACAUGCAUUUCUGUCGGGGCUGUGUGAGCGUGAGCAUGCGUGUGUGUUUCAGGGGUGGGUCAAGUCACCAGCCAAUCAAACGUGCGUUUGAGGGAGGUAAAAAUGGACCGCCACAUUCGUAAUAAGGGGUAAAUGUAAGUUUGAACAUAAUGAAAAUAAUUCACUUAAUAAUGGUAGGAUCAAGUCUGUCCUUACGACAUAUGAGAAGAUCUAAAUAACCUGUAUAACGGCACUCAUUAUAUAAUGCAUAUGAGGUUGCUUAAAGGUUGGUGGGGACAAUUUGAGAAUCUUGAAAAGUUGGAAUUGUAAUGUCCCUACCGUCCCUAUGCAAACCUACGCCCUUGGUUGACACGCUGGCAGUCAUAAACCUCCGCGUCACAUGCACACACUCAUAGCGCACUUUACAGGGUCUUUAACUUAUUGGCUGCCACUGACAAAGAUAGACGUCCAAUUCGUUUAAACUUGGUGGACUAGCUUGGAGUGGAGUAGUUCUAAUUCCCCUCCAUCUUAGAAAGCUAGCAUUACAAACACCAGCAUGACCAACCUGCCUCGUAGCCGGACUCCGCUAUGUCUACUCGUCAGGCUGUGCACCAGUGGUGGAACAAAAAAGAUCCGGGCCCGGGGCAAGGAAGACAGACGGGGCCCCUAAAGCUGGGGGUGCUACCGGUGUUAUCAAGGCCCGCUGCCAUAUUUAUGACGCUGAGACCCAAUUAGAAAGCCCAGCUCAACAUGAAAAAGCUUUUUGACCCGCAAACCAGACUCCCUUGAGGCCCCGGCCCAGGUGCAGCACCACCGCCAGCACCCCCCCCAAGCUCCGCCCCUGCUGUGAACGCGUCCAGCAUGCAUGUGACCGAAACAGUAAGAAUUGGGAAGAAGAGCUGAAAUGAACAAAACGAAAACCAUCUCCUUCUCCUGCCACUACCGAGCAAGUGAUGCUUUUAGUGUGUAAGGACACACAAAGCCCUCAUUAGACAUUACGCUUUCAAAUCUCAUCUCAGGAUUGUUCAAGAAAGGACCGGAACAAACUGGACUGGACCAAUUACUGUAUGGUAGGAUAAUGUUUAAAAAACGUUGCUUUUUGCGUAUUUCCUCAAAUAGUGGCUACAUAUUAAUAACUGUACAGUGUUGGCUGGCAAUGAAUGAUCAUGUUACAGUGCCAUUGACAGUGAUAUACAUCCGAUCCAUUUUGACAGAGAAGUCUGGCAGCGAUCCGAUGUCUAUCUCCGUUAUUGACACGACCACAAUCUCUGACCCUAGAAAAGUUUAGUCACUUUUAACAAAUUUCACAACGUACUAAAAACGGCUAAACUCAGGUUAAAUGUAGCUCCUUCCCAGCAUUCAAGAGCCGUAUCGUGAAAACGUUUUGAUCAUUUUUUAAAUUGUAAACUGCAAAAAUACAGAAUAUUAAUGUAUUCACUGUAUGUGAGGCAGUUACACAUCUACACUGUAGAAAAUAAAACAUCCUAUUACAGUGAUCCCUUGCUACUUCGUGCUUCAAACUUCGAGCCCUCAGUCCAUCGUGGAUUUUUUUUCCCCAAUUAAAAAAUAAAUACCGUAUUCGAUUUAAACAUAUAAAUGUAUAUGCAUGAAUACAUGUAUAAAUCAUUGUUUUCUGUUACACAAAUCUCAUUUACUGUAUAAUACAAUUAUUACAUUUGCUUGGGUCCCCCAUUAACCGCAAAAAAACAAGGGAUCACUGUAGUUGUGCUGGAUCACUGUAGGUGUGCUAACUAAAGAUUUUAUGUAGACAUAACUCAAAUUCUCAAGUUCUCCCAAAGGGAUCCACGGACAGAAAAACUUGUAGUUUUUAAAAGAUAAACGUUAUUAUGAGUUAAAAUAAUUUGAUAACGAAACCCCUCUUGAUGUUUUCAUUUUUAUACAAUUUGUAAAAUUAAUUUAACUAGUAGGUUGCCAUGGUUGUUGACGUCACAUGGUUACGCUGCCAGGUUUCCAGAGUAUGACUCUAGCGACAUAAACGUCAUCAGUUCAACCCUUUUAAUUUUAACUUAGAGGAACAUUAAUGAGCAUGACAGCACUGUCGAUAUUUCACAAAACGAGCAGCAAAAGCAAAAUUAACAGGAAAGACUGGAUGAAACGUGACGAGAGUAGAAAAAAAACCACCCUACAUAAGGCGACUUUGAUACCCAAAGUACUACCGUUCGCUUUCAGCUUGUUUUUUUUUUAGAUAUAUACAGACAGAACAAACUAAAGAUGCCUUAAGAAAAUACUCAAACGUUGUAAUAUCAAAAAAGGGUGGUUUAAGUAUGCUACGUGACUAAUGGCGUCAACUGAUCAAGAAAACCCUAUGCUUAAAUGUAUGACAGGGAAACGCAUGCAUAAAGUACUUUGAGGCGAUGAAAAGGUAACAACACUUAAAACACAAAUAGUAAGUACUCGCCGCUUUUAACCAAUGUGCGCAUGUGUUGGACGUCUCGUUACAUAGACGAAAUUGCAGUAGCGCCGUAGUGUUCGUCUAGUGGCAGUGACAAACUACGUCAUCACCCCGAGCGUCCAUUGUGUGCAUAAAACAUGGCGCCCUCUGUAGGUCACAACAUGUACUAAAUAUAUUUUUAAAUCAAUGAGAAUAUUUUAUUGGUUUAUAAUAUCAUAUUUUAGUAAAAGAGAACAAGUGGGACUUAUUAGAGACUGCAAGUCUUUAAGUCUGAGGUUCCCUUUAAGUAACUUGUUAUUUGGACUAUUCCUAACUCAAUUUUUCAAGUUAAUAUUGGGAUCGUGAUUACAUGACUUGUAUUCCGUACAUUCAGCCUAGCAGCUGGUCAGUCAGCCAAGGUGUUAAGCUCAAUUUUCUAUGUGCUCCACUGCCACUGUGGCGGCCUGGGUUCAAUAUUAGUGCUUGGAACAACAUUAUUUGUUUACAUAAACUGAAAUCCAGUUUACUUAAAAUGUUGAAUACGGACUACUUAACUUAUUUACUUAAAAUGUUUUUUUUUUCUUGAACUGUUAACUUUUUUUUUGUCCUUUAGGGUUUCCAUCAAAAUUUGAAAUUUCUAGUUCUGCCAACCCUUUUUUUUUUUUUUUUUUUUUUAAUAUAUACAGUAUAUCUACUGUAUAUACAACGUAACACAAGAUGACAAUUCCACCAAUCAGCCAACAGCAUGUCGAUUUCACAAAGGCCUCAUCUCAAAUAGCAUACAUGGCCACUGUUUAAGGAAAUAUUUGUCAGGUGCAGUAUCCCAUUUUUCUUUCCAAUUUCAGGCGCCGCAUCUCACGUAACACUUUCUAGCAGGGUACUUUAUACCAAUAUAACACUAAAUGUGAGUGUAUGUGAGUGACAUACUACCAGAGGUGGGUAGAAAUGCAUUACAUUUACUCCGUUACAUUUACUUGAGUAACUUUUUGAAAAAAAUGUACUUUUAAGAGUAGCUUUACUUAGCCAUGCUUUUUACUUGAGCAGAUAUGUGAAGAAGAAACGCUACUCUCACUCCGCUACUUUGGGCUACAUUAGUUGUUACAUUUUUCCUCUUUAUUCUACAUUUUAGAUGUCUUUUUUUUUUUUUUUUUGCCAUAAAUGCCAACAGUGGCUCAAUCAGUUUCACCAAUGAGACGUCGCAACAUUAAUCACGACUCCAUUAUACCUACCUUGCUUGCAAUCAAGCUUGCCGUUCUAUGAACCCGCCAGCCUGUUCAAUCAUGUGGCGUCUUUAAAGCACCGCAAAAAGUUAAGUAUUUGACAUAACCGUCAUCAUGACUAGAACGUGCGGAUUUUAACCUCUCAAUAUUUAUUUGGCACCGAUUGACCACGGAAGACUGGAGAUAUGAUCCCUUUAGUUUCAUAAUAGGAAAUAUUUUUUCUCCACUAAAGGGCACUCCUGCUCUUUGGACGAAUAAUGCUUCAUUUCUUAGAUUUUUUUGUCUCUCUCCGGAAUUCAAUGAUUUGUUUUAUUUCUAUGGCUUAAUGUGGUUAUGUAAUAGGUUAUAGUAGAGUAUAAUAAUAACAGUUCAUACAGAUAAAUUUGUUACUCAUUACUUGAAUAUUAUUUUCACCAAAUACAUUUUUGCUUCUACAUGAGUACCGUACAUUUUUUGGAUGACAAUUACUUGAGUAAUAUUAUUUUUGAAGUAGCGCUACUCUUACUCGAGUAAAUUUUUUGGCUACUCUACCCACCUCUGCAUACUACUGUAUGUCCAAAUGAAGCAAAGCAUUCCCCCUGUGCUUGUGAACAAAACUAAAGCAAUGAAGAGUCAAGGUUGCUUGCUCAGGAUCAAGAGCGUCUAGCUGGCUAGACACAAUAACUGGUGGCUAGUGAAGCUUGUAUUUUAAUUGUAUUUAUUUAAUUGUUUUCAGAUUUGUAUUUUUUCUUGCUGGUUGGGUGUGAUGUCGCCUGUUAGAAACAAAUGUUUGUCUUAUGUAAGUGGUUCUGCUGCUUUCCCUUUUUUCCCCCUUCCUGACUAGACAUCAUACGUUUUGCUAAACUGUAUUUUAAGAAAGGGAUGCUGCAUCUGUUGGAGAUUAAUUUAUCUGUCUGUUUUUUUUUAAAGUGUCAUUUCCAUGUACAGCAUUUUAGGUGAAGGCAAAGUUUAAUUCCACAGAAAUGAUGCCAGCUUUAGUGUACUGUAUGUAAAAGGCUAUUAGGAAUACAUAAGCCAGAGAUCAAUAAGGGUGCGAGCCUCUUUUAAUUUCUCUUAUAUGUAUUUGUGUGUAUAAACAUCAAAUAUACCUUGACCUGUCAUCAAUGAGCUGCUCAAACUGUCUGAAAAUUAUAUGCUAGUGAUGUGUUUUCAUCACUUUUCAACUGGAUGAAGAUUGAACUGCUGAAUUGUUUCUUUGAGCUUGAACGCUUUAACAAAUGCUCGGUAUUUUAACCCUUUAUAGGGCUAGUGACCUUUUGGUAAAUUCAAAAUAUCUUGACCUCAUAAAGACCUGGCGUCAUACAGUAGGCCACAAUUUUGGGAUACAAUCUUGGCCUACAUGAUCCAAAAUGUAUGUGAUGUCAACAUAUGUGAAUGGCAGUUCUCAAUUAUAACUAGAGGAGAACUCUAGAACCGACCUCUGCCAGAAAUUCCUUUUCUGACCUUUGACCUUAAUAGCCCCAAAUUUGAUUCACCUUUCUCCAUUUCAUAUUCAAAUAUAUACUGUAAAUUUGAUGAUAACGCAAGAAUUAAUAAGGGGAUUAUCUUGAACACAAACAUACACACAUGCAUACGAAACCAAACCUCAGGUUUCACCGACUAUGGGAGGGAUUUUUUUUUUUUUUUGUAAAUAUUUUUUUCUGGCUGAGUGUAUAAAUUAAUCAAAACUAAAUGAAUAAAACCAAAUAAAUGAAACCAGAAAUACACUUUGGUUAUGCCUAAAGUUAUCUGAUAAUGGCUUUGUAACCGAUAACCUGAUAUUGUUGAACUCCAAAAAUCCGAUACAGAUACUUGCGGUUGUGAAUUUAAUUUAUAAUGACCAAUUGCAUUGUGAUAUUCCAGGGGUCUUCAAAUACAAAUCUUGAAGGUCCACAUUUUUUUCCCAUACAAGCACGGGUCCAUUUAUUAAUGCCAGGCAAAUACAAGGAAGGUCGAAGGUGGUAAAGGGGGUUUUCUUUUGACCAGACAAAAAUACAAUGCACAUUCUGAUUAAAUAAAAAUAAAUUAACAAAACAUUUUCUUGACUUAAAAUACAAAAUAGCAUAAUGGCGUUUCACAUUUUCACUUUUUAUCAGAGCCACUGUCUUUCAGCAUAUUAGGCACAUAGGUUUGGUACAUGCAGGUGGGAACAUGGACGCAUAUUUGUCAGUCCAUUCCUCAUUGAAACGGCGAUUUUCCAUAACUGUUUAGAUAACCAUAACUGCGGGGCUAAGCUGUGACCAGCCCUUGUACCAAGGCAGAAGGCUUCUACAUUCUCUUUGAAGGCAACAUUCAUAUUGACCCAAAACCUAUAAUGAAAAACCGAUGUUGAUAUUUUCCAAUACCAUUUUAAAAUGCUUUUAUCUGCCAAUUACGCCAUUUCCUGCCAUUUACAAUGUCUGACAUCCAAUUCAUUUAAACUCGAAGGACUUGCAGUGAAUGGUCAUCUUUCAAUGCCAUUGACGGUGCUAGAAGUCCAAUCCAUUUUGACUGGGAGGGGUGAAAUGGAUUGGACAUCUAGCGCCACCAAUUGCACCCAAAGCGUUAAAAAAGUGCCUUAUAAAGGGUUAAAUUAGGCUGCCGCAUUAGUUUAAACCAUCCUGAACAUCUUUUAUGUUUACAUUGUUGUAAAUGUUUUAACCUUAAAUCUGUUAAUGAUACAUAGCGUACAUCCGCAGAAGUAUGAUUGAGGAUUUUUUUUCUUUGUAGCUGGCCUACAUGAUGUUGAAUUAAUUUAUUACGAAUGGCGAAUAGGUGUUCUUUUUAAUUUCAGGCAGCUUUCGCGGGAGUAUUAUUUAAAAAAAGCACAAUGAACAGGAAUGAGGACAGUAUUAGUUUGGUGGAUCAAAUCAUCUCAUCUCAUCAUCAUUACAGAUGAAGUACAGAUGUGGUGGCACUUAAUCACAAACAUAAUGGUUCCAAAUGCUUACUCCGGUCAACAUAUCUUUUUUUGUUUUGAUAAAAAGCCAGUCGGGGGCAAUGAGACCGCAGAUCUUGAAGCAUCUGUGUUGCCUAUUUCUUCCCCCUUACAUUGUCAUUUUCUCUCAUACAGUAUUUAAUAUCAACUUGUGUCUGUGAAGUUGUUUCUAAACGUGGAUAUCAUUUCAUGUAUCUGUCAAAAUCUUUCUUUACAACCUUUAUUUUCCAUAUCCUGUUAUUGUCUUAUGGCAUUGAGAUAAAACCUUUUCCAGAGUACAGUAUGGUGGCUAUCUGGGGGAAUAUAAUCCGAGCAAGCAAGUGCAUGGAAUAAAUGCUGAUGUACUGUACCCAACAUUUUGUGCUGGUCUUUUAUUAGUAGUUCUUUUUCCUCAUCUAUUUUGCAACGCUAGACCUCAUUAGGUCAUGGGUAACCACUAGACUUGGGAGAGGGUACGUUUAUACUGAAGUGGACACCAUUUGAUUACAUGUACGCGACUUUUUACACUUAUUAAGACCAUUUGUAAUUGAAAGUUUUCCAUAAUACUGUACUCAUAAAACAGAGGCGCACUCCGAGAUAUAAGACCUCUGCCUAAGUAGCCAAAUCCAAAUCGCCAUAUUUCUGACCUGUGACUUUUGCUCUUUCUCUUCUCUGACCUGACUUGCAAAUUUGAGUUAAAAAGGCAAUUCCGUUAUGAAUUUUCUGACCACUGUGAACUUUGACCUCAUAACCUCAAAAUUUCAUCACUUCUUUUGUUUCGCAUUAUAAACAGGGCCUGCAAGUUUGACAAUCCCUAUAUUUUUUCGUGAAUUAUCUAGAACAGAAAUGUACAAACAGAAAAACCAAACCGAAUGCAUAACCUCCACCAGAUUUUUAGCCAAUUAAUUAGAAUUUUCAGAUGACAAAUUUAGACUACACAUUUGUUUUUUUUCAACUUCUAUGGAAUUGAAUAAUGGUCCAAAUAUACUUUUUACCGUAGUAUUAAAAAGUUGAUUUGAAAUA